AACCUCUCCUCGGGCGAAUCGCGACUGAAUAUCUGAAAACAAAGUCAGGAAUCACGACGGAGGAAACGAGGGGCCCGUUCGUACGAUUUCAGCCGGUAACCGAAACGGCAACCGGUUAGGGGUAGGAAUUCGAGAAUCUGUGAUUACUGGGUGUCGACUGGACAAUUACCGGAUCUGAGUACGCGCUCUUCACUCUUCUCUCAGGUCAUGUGCCCCCCCGCCCACACGCACCCCUCUUUUUAGUAGACUUGCCUGGAGCAACUCUCUCUCUCUCUCUCUCACAGCAUAAGGAUCGGCAGCUGACCAAAGGCGAAAUCCCAUCCGUCCAUCCAUGUAUGCGAAGGACGAAGGAAAUCAGGAUAUCUUCUCCUCUUCACAGAGAGAUGUUACCUACAGCUGUGGUGCUUGUGGAUAUGCCCUAAAUUUAAGCUCCUCCAAUCGAAAUACAUCCAAGAUUGACUCUAAAUAUGGAAAGGCUAUAAGGAAGGGAAUCAUAUCAUUCUUCUCCAUUGAUGAGAGCCGAUUCACUCAGAUUGAUGAGUUCGUAUGCCUACCUUAUUUCAUCGUCAAGCAUUCGUGGGGCCUCUUGCAGCCAAGAACCAAGCUCCUCUGCCGGAAGUGUGGGAACUACAUUGGCCAUGCUUAUGAAGAGACCACCUCCCCCUUUGGAUUGGACAAAUCGGACUCAAGCUCCGGGAAUGGGAUAUCUGUUUGCAGGAAAUACAAUGUCAAGAUCCGUGCUGUACAGCCCUCCGAUGAAUCAGGUACUCCUCUUGUCAUAUAAUGUGAAUAUUCUUGGUGUCACAUAAAUCCACAGACUGUCUGGAGAAGCAUAUAAACAUAGCUGGAUUCAAAUGUUGAACUCCAGCCUUUAUCUCGUGUUGCUGUUUCACGAUCAUCACUGUACAAAGGAAGGGUUGAUUGAUCAUUUUAGGUGAUUGGGUGCUUCAGAGAGGUCUGGUUCUUUUUUAUUGGUGUGGUCUUUUUGUGCAUGAUCCUUUCAUUGUUUGCUAUUGAAUCCUAUAAUUAUGUAUAAUAUUUGAGACCUAUAGGUGUAUGCAUACAAUUGUUUUCCUAGUUAGUAUGCUGUCAAUAUGCUUUGGAGA